AGCGGCUCGGAUGCAGCUUCUGUUGCAAGCAAGGUACGGAGCGCGAUCCGGUCUCCAAUCGGAGAAUGUUCCGCAGAUAUUCGUUGAGGAGAGAGCUUCGCAAAGAAACUUAACUGCCAAGCGAUGGCGCGGCCUACCGAUUACUCAAACAGGCCAGGGGGUUUGGAACCGCUCGAGUGGGGACCUGAAAUGUUUUGUGUUUGGCGCGAAUCGAUUUCCUCUAUCAUCGCCUCCCGCUCGGGGGUCUUGCGUGGAUUGGGACUCUCGAAUCACCAGGAGUCGGAAGAAUGGAUCGUCUCGACGUGCAAAUAAAGCUUGUUGCGGAAUGUUCCCAGAGUUUGAACAGCAAGUUCAUGGAGGACUUCAAUCAGGUCGCGGAGGAAGCUUUGCGAGUUCAAACUCAGAUCAAUCAUCGCAUCAAAGACCUCCAUUCGGGUUUCUUCGAUCAACAUUCUAAUCUGUCGAGCGAGUUGCGCGAGCUCAAUAGGAUUCGCACCACGCUUGAGGACGCGUGCGUGUUAAUGACGAAAUCGCUCCUCGGGAUCGAAGCAGACUCAAGCACCGAAAAAUUGGAGAAAGAGAUCUCCAAUCGAGUGAAAGAGCUCGAAGAGGAUAGAGCGAAAUUAAACGAGAUGCAGAAAGCCCUCGAGCUCAGAGAAGAGUGCGUUCGUGAGAGGCUGAAUCAUCUCGAAGAGAUGAGGCGGCAACAGAGGAAAAGAUUGCAAGGGGAAUUGGAUUCGUCGUAUCUCGGACUGUUUCGAUCGUUGAAACGGCUGCGGAGCGAAUUCGAGGAGACCUAUACGUGUGAAGAAGUGGCGACAUCACUGGCUCUCGACACGGAAAAGAAGGCGGCGGAGAAGGCUCACGCCGCGUGCAAGAAGAUGUUCCGGUCGGCUGAGAAUAGAGUUCGGAGAAUGGAAGCUGUUCGCAGAAAGCGUCUCGCUGCGUUCCGUUCAACUUUAGAUGAGCUCGAUCAGCAACUCGCGGACACCGAGGACACUCCGUUUGAGGACGGUUCCGGCGAAAACUCAGCCGCGAAUUUCGUGUGA